AUGACCGCAGAACAUGCUCAAGACCAGCCGGAGCUUUGGCUGUUUGGAUACGGAAGCUUGAUCUGGAAGCCCCCUCCCCAUUUCGAUCAACGCAUACCGGGCUACAUCAAAGGCUACGUUCGCAGGUUUUGGCAGGACCACAGGGGCACUCCUGAAGCACCUGGUCGAGUCGUCACACUCAUUGAACGGGGUUUCUGGAAGACCCUGGGAGACACACAAAAUCCGCCAGAGAAUGAUCUAGUCUGGGGUGUUGCGUACCACAUUAUCCCGGAGAAAGUCGAGGAAGUCAGGGAGUACCUCGACAUCAGAGAGAUCAAUGGAUACAGCAUACAGUAUACGCCCUUCGUACCAGCAGAAGAGGGCAUCCCGGAGCAGACUUGCCUGGUCUAUAUUGGAAUGCCUGACAAUCCUCAAUUCCUCGGUGCACUUCAGCCCCAAGUCGUCGCGGAGAAGAUCAACGAAAGUAUCGGGCCAAGUGGCGAGAACAGGGAGUAUCUUCUUCAACUAGACGAGGCCUUGCAAACUCUGAGUCCUGAUAGCCAUGACGAGCACAUCAGUGACCUUGCCCGGAGAGUACGUUCGAUGACUCCUCCGACUCGUUCAACUCAUCAUCGUCGAUUAUCGAAAACUGGACUGCAACGAGUCAGUAGUACUGAGGAGCAAGAAGAAGUCGAGAAGACUGCAUAA